UCGAAAAGAAGAAGAAGCAAAGCUGCAAAAGCUGCGAAAAAUAUUUGUGAUUUGGAAAAGAACUCGUUUUGGAAUGUGCGUAUGCGAUGCAUUUAGUGUGUAAUCCCAACCAGAAGAUGUGGGACUCUGCGAUACGGGACAUUGGAGCAACCUUUCUCCACCCAGUCGCCGUCCAGUGCUGAUCUGGGCGAAUGUUUUUGGGGCUCUUAUUGAUUUUUACGGUUUCGCGGGACUGAUACGCAUUUCGCUUUUUGCCGAUCCUCCCCGGAAACUGUGUCGUCGCAGGAGGAGAAGGAGGGAGUAGCAUGUCAGUGCGGCGUUAGAGGGUAGCUGCCAGAAGCCAUGGGCGGCUCGGUGAGCCAGGUGUUCCGCUCCGGAUCGGCGCUCCUCUCGCAUCGCGACGGCAAGCUAUCCAAGGCCACUGAGGAGACCAUCCAAACUCUCUUCGACAUCCUCCGCGCCAACCCAAAGGUGUCCCUGCAAACGCUCGAGAGCCUGCUCAUCCAAAUACCCAAGAACGAGAACAUCCUGGCCAUGCACGACGACUACGGCUACAACAUCCUGCAGCGCAGCGUUGGCCUCAACCACAUAGAUCUCACCAAGUGGCUGCUGCACCGCCAUCGACCCGAUGUGAACCGCUCGCCCUGCUCCCUGCCCCUGCACAUCGCCACGCUGCGUGGCUACGAGGAGUGCGUGGAGUUGCUCCUGCGCCACGGCGGUCGCAUUGACGUGGACACCAGGAUGUGCUUCCCCGGGGCCCAUACCCGGAAUUGCGAGGAGAGCGGCAAGUGGCACAACAAUGUGGACGAUGUCAGCGAGCGACUGAAUACAAAGCUGCAGAAUGCCCUCUACUAUGCCAUAGACGGGGAUCAGUACAACGUGCUCAGCUUGCUCACACAGAAGAUGGAGGAGCCAUGGAUCCCAUUUCGGGUGAAGAAACCGCUACUCCAUUUGGCCUGUGAACGCGGCGCCUGGAAUUGCGUCCAGCAACUGGUCGUUACGCGUUCCGAGGAAAUCAAUCUCAUCAUGGACGAGUAUUACCCGAUUCACCAUGCCGUGCUCCAUGACGGCCGUUUCCUCGAGCUGCUCAUCCAUCAUGGCGCCAUCACAACUGUGCGCACCUGCACCCAACAAAUGACCCUGUUGCAUGUGGUUAUUUUUGCUGCUCGCAAAUCGGCAGAUGACACGCUGGCCACUCUGCGCAUUCUGUUGGAACGCGGCUGCAAGGAGCUAAUCAAUGCCCCCGACUCACUGGGGAACACACCCCUGCACGCCCUAAUAGUGCGCUAUGCUUUGGAGGAGGCGCGUUAUGGUUACGACAAGUGGACCAAAUGGGAUGUCCUGCACCUGGUGCGAUUCCUGCUGCAGAACGGGGCCAAGCAGUCGAUUAACCAGGCGGGCAACAGCGCCAUGGCCUGCGUAUUUCGCCACUUGAGAGACUGGGAGGUCUGCUACGAGCUGCUCAGCAUGCUCAUCAAGGAGAAUGGUGAUCCCAACAUAGUGGGAAGGGAUGGGUCUGUGCCCAUUAUGGUUCUGCUAGUGCCAUUAAUAAAUAAGGAUCAUCUGCAUCACUUCACGCACUCCAUGAAGGUCUGCUAUCUGAACUGCAUACGCAUGCUGCUGCAGCAUGGAGCCAAUCCCAAUUGCUCCUAUCGCGCCAACCUCAAGCCGCUGCACGUGCUCGUGUUCACGGUGAGCGAGAACUUUACGCUCAACUGCGACGCCCAGAAGCGCACAAACUUCGACUUCAUCAAGAACAUACUUCUGAUGCUGCUGCAGCAUGGACUGGACUGCAACAAGACAUAUCAGCACAUUCUGCAGGCGGUGAUGGACAUGGUGCAGAAUGUGCGCACCUGCCACGACAUGGAGUGCGUCUACGAGCUCACGCUUACGCUAAUCCAGUAUGGGGCAGAUCCCAACAUAGUGCUUAGCGGCAAGACGACGCCGGGCAUUGCCAUCUUCUCCAACGAGCUGGCCACCUUCCGCAGCUCGUUCCGCACCAAUUCGUGCUACCUGCUCUUCUACUACAUCAUCUUGAUCACCAAGAAGGAGUUUAUCCUGAACGAUCCGCAUGCGUCAUACACGCGGGUUAUACAUCUCUUCUAUUUGACCAUGCAGCACGAGCCGCUUUUCAAUUGCCUCAAGGCGCUGCACAAUUUUUAUGUGGCCCAGGUGCCCAGCAAGAAGACGGAGCAGCUGAUAGCCCUGAUCUCGACGCUCUACCGCCGGCCGCGCAGUCUGAAGCAGCUAUCGCGCUGGGCCAUCUACGAGGCGAUGAACCGCAAGCUGGCCCAGAACAUCAACCGCUUGAACCUGCCCGGCCCGCUCAAGGAUUACGUGCUGCAGUUCGACGAGAGGUAGCGAGUGGCGUGCGCCCAGGACCAAUGAAUCCCAACCGCAGCGAACUAGAGUCAAUCACUACUACUGUUGCCCCUAGGCUAUGUAAUGUUUAAUAUGCAUAUUUGCCUACCCUAGUAGGUAUGUAGUUACGCAAUAAUUACGAACUAUCAGGCCUGUUCUGGGUAGCCCUAUCAUAGCUUAAAGAUCAGCUCAUUCGAUCGCAUUAUCACUUUGAUUUGAUAUUCGAAAAAUGGAGAGAUUUAGGUUAUUUGGAGUUAUGUUUUGAACUAGAACAGGUCCGUAUAAGAUAUGAAAACGCUUAAUCGUACCUAGACACAACAAAAAAACACACACACACACACAAACACAUAAGAAGCCAAUUUAAAUAUUGUCAAAUCAAACAUGUGCAAUUUCUUUGAUACGAAUCUAUUGAUACUAUUUGUGAAGAGAAGGAGGAACGCUCAUCUAUGUUUUGUAAUUCUAUACGUAAAAUUUUGUGAACUGUAAUGCGCUUUACACUAAAAAAAUCCACUCACCCCCUAUUCCAAAACUCUCAUGCUGCAUAAGUUAUAGGACAUAAACUUAAGGCUGUUUUUUGACAAACAUUUCGGGUGUUUUAGAAUUUUGUAUAUUCGAACGAGCGAGAGAGACGUUAUGUAAUUAUUAUUGUAACUAUUAUUAUUGUUGCUAAACCGUUGUUAAUCUCUGUAUCUGUAAUGUCAUUUUCAAUCGAAUUGAUAACGCUAUCGAUUAAUAAAUAAACAUGAACUUUCACACGACCGACGAAGGGUGGUAAUCCGUCAAGGUCAUCGAA